UGCCUCUGACCUCGGAGUGGCUUGGGUUGCCAGGACCGCAAUAUGCUCAUCUAGGAAAAAGCGCUUGGGGGCGAUUCCGAGGUAUUCCAGAGGCAGCAGCAGCAACUAGGGUUCGCGCACCCUUUCCUGGCUGCAGUUAGGGGAUCCAAAACCGCCCACGGAACCCAGGCAGCUGUGCGGGCAGUGGACACCAAUUAACUUCGGCUGGGGUCGAGUCGGUCCUUGCGCAGACUCUGAUUGGCUGACUGACGGUAAGCGCGGAAACCUUGUAAGGUUGGAAAGCUAGGCGUGCGUGAGGGCGGAAGUGCUGAGUUUACGGAGGCCUUAUUAAGGGCGGAAGUAGAGGCCUCAGCGGAAGUGGCACGAGUAAGAGUGGAAGUAGCGUGACUUGCGUCAGUGUUGAGGUUCUGCCCUCGCUGGGCUGCAGCCCCCCUUGGGCUGCCGCCAUGGAACUCAGCGCCGAGUAUCUCCGGGAGAAGCUGCAGCGGGACCUGGAGGCAGAUCACGUGGAAGUGGAGGACACGACUCCCAACCGUUGCGCGUCCAGCUUCCGAGUCCUGGUGGUGUCGGCCAAGUUCGAAGGGAAGCCGCUGCUUCAGAGACACCGGUUGGUGAAUGCAUGCCUAGAAGAAGAGCUUCUGCAUAUCCAUGCUUUUGAACAGAAAACCCUGACCCCAGAGCAGUGGGCCCGUGAGCAGCAGAAAUAAGGGACCAGAACCUGCACGGCCAUUAAAUUACGAAUCAGGGUCAGCUUCUGCGUUGGUGUCUUGUGUGUGGGAGGGGUGCUGAGGCAGUCUAGGGCCUGGCUUCUCCCCGCCCUGCCACUCUCCAUUGUGAUACUUUGGGCAAGUCCCUCUCCACACACAUUUAUAAAGUGGAAUUUCAUUCUUAAAAUCUCUUCUAGGGCAGGCCUCACAGGUCUUUUCUGUAAUUCUUGGUAGACCCCUAGACAUACCCCAACUACACAACAAGCCCACCCAUUUAUCGGGCACUGCUGGGUGUUAAUGCCCUCUGCCAGCCUUCAAGUUGCACAGAUGAGAAAGCACUCAGGGUUUCAGGGUGCUGGCCAAUUUAACAAACCUUUCCUUCUUGCCCACAUCACCCCAAUAUCAGAAGCAUAAAGAGGAUUCCAUACUUCUCCUGCAGGUUCCCUCAGGGGCAUGGUACCCCAGCAGAGGCUCUCCAACAGCUGGGAUGCUGAUGUUUUUUGGCCCAUUGGAGAAGGUCCAGUGACCUUUUAGCCCUGGGCUUGGCGUGGCCACAGAGGCCCGUGGGAAGACCAUGAGGUUUUCAGGAAUGAAGGUGGCAGAGAAUAGGAAUAGGGGGUGGAAUAGGGAAGUAAGGCCAACCUUCAGCUUCAACACAAGUGCCAGGGUUGGUAAGUCCUUGCACAGAUGCAGUCCCUGAGACCCAGUUGGGGCCAGGGCUCCUUGGGAGUACAAAUUACAGGUUUCAGCCAUCCUACCCAUCCCGUUUCAAUGCCAGUUUUUUGGCCCCUAAAUUAUCUCCAUCCUCAUCUGCCUCUCUGGUUCCUAUUGCAAGGAGAAAGCGUUGGUAAAGCUGGAAGUCAUGGUGAUGACAGGUUAGCCCUUCUGGGUUCCAGGGAUCCUCCCCUGAACUUUUCUUCAACUGUUCUGGGCCAGGAGAAGAUCUAGUGACUGAGUCUAUUGAUAAGGGCCCAUCCCCAUUCUACAGAAGAGAUUCAGAGGGGGAAUCUCAUCUCUUUAACAGGCCCAGGCUCCAGAUUUUCUGAUUCUCUCUUCAUAUCCCUGACUGGGUCCAGUCACUGCAUUCUGAGUUGUGGUGGUCCACUCCCCAUUUUAUAGAUGGGCAACUGAAGCCUGGAAAGGAGUGUCUUGCCCAGGGUAGCAUGGCUUGUGUAAAGGGUGAGAAACCAAAAUGAGCAAACAAAAACAAUCUUACAGCUGCCUCAGCUCUCUACCUAGGUGGUUCUCUCUGGCAUGCUGAAGAGGGGGAAGGGGACAGCAAAUGGGGAAUUAAGUCCUUGCUGUCCCUAUGUGAACCAAACCCUACUCUGGCCAGGACACCCAUUCUUAAUAGCCCUGUGUCUCAGCUCAAAGUCACCCACUAAGUUGGGUAUCAGAAACCCACUUCCAAAUCCCCAUUUGAUAAGGCCUGACAGGUCUAUUCAGGUCCCUCUCUCACAGAGGCCAGGCUCUGGCAGAACCCACAGUGAGGGCUCAAGAGGCAGCAAUACUGCACAGGAAGGCUCUAAACUAGAAGGGGAGACUAAGUCGUGGCACAGGACCUGCCCUUCAGCAAGCCCUCAGCUAUUCAGUGCCUCAAUCUCCUCACCUAUAAACUAGGGGUGGGCUAUUGCUUUGCUUGUUGCUCCUUUAAAAAGAACCCCUGAAGCCUAUAGUUUGAAAGAUGUCAUGUAGGUGCUAGUUUCUCAUUUCCCCACAAGCAACAGUGUCUAUACAGUUACAUGUAAUCUGAAGUGAUUGACUAGAAAGGCAGAUUUGGGGUAAACAUAGGAGCUAUUGAGGCUCCAAACUAGGGCCUUGAAUAGCUCAGACUUGCCCACUGGAAAACAGUGGGGCCCCCAAAACACACCAGAAUGGGGUGGCCACCAGCCACCAGGACCUGUUCCUGUGGUCUAGGGCAUUCAGAGGCAUUCCUCAGUCCCUGCCAUGGGUCAGUUACAGCAAGGCUACCGAGGGGGAAACUCAAGGUCUUGUCUGCUCAGCAGACCCAUAAUUCAUGUGACCAGUCAUCAGAGUCUGAGGGGUACCAGAAAAUAAAGCUGUUUUUAUUUUAUCCGCCAUUGUGGCCUGAGGAGUGG